ACCUCAGCCUGAGGUUGGCCAUGAACUCGGGCAUAGAAACGGCGUCGAGGAGCACGAAAUCCGCCUUGCCGAACUCCUGACUCUCUUGCGCUGCCAUGGCACCGCUAGGACGGACAAACCAGCGACAAGGAAAAAGACGACCGCUCUGCAGCCAGCCAGCGAAGCCACCGGCCGAAAGCGCCAACUCAGGAGGGAGAGCUUCUGCAGAAACCACGCCCUCUCACCUGAGACGCCGCUCGCGACUGGAGGCGCGUCACGCCGGAGGAGGAGAAAAAGCUUUGUCUCUCAGACUACUGCAUGUUGGACUGCUAAAGACCAUAAAAGCAGAGCCAGUAAGAAGAAAAGUGGGAAUGAAGACUUAUCAGCAAUGUGGGUUCCGUUCAUCAAUGCUCAGUGGCAUCCAAGUGAACAGAAUGAAGAAGAAAGUAGUCUAUUCAGACUACAUAUACAGAAUCCUAAAACAGGUUCCUCAAGACACAAGUAAAUGUUGCUGGGCAGUGGAUGUAAUUCGCUGUCUGAACAAACCUCACCUAUAUGGGAAGGUGGCUUUGGAGGCUGCCAGGCUGUCCCACUACAAGAAGAAGCCUCUUGUCACCAGCACAGAAGUUCAUACAGCUGUCAGGCUGGUACUUCUUACAGAAGCAGUGAAGGACGUUUCUGGAAUCAGUGAAGGGCAAUUUUAAAAUAAGUCUCUUGAGGGUGAACAAGCAUGUUCAGAGAGACUUCUGAAGUUUUGUAAGGCUGUGUUAAACGUUGACCUUUUUUGUAAUAAAGUUACAUUGAAUAGUUGCUUCA